GAAAUAUGAUAAUUACACACCAACUGCUUCUCCCAAAUGGCUUCAACACUCUCCUGCAGAGCCAAAGCCAUACGCGCCCUAUCCUCCCCCACCACAAUACGACGUCGUCUGCCCCUGGUGGGAGCAUUCUGCGUGCUCAGCUUGGGCAUCUCCAACCUCUUUCCUGCUCUUUCCUUCUCCGCGUUCAAAACGGGCUCUGCACAGUCUCUCGCUCCUCUUUUGAGAUCAAGGUUUGGUAGCCAAGCAGCGGCUGUUCACUCUGUGAAAAUGGAAGGGAGUAGCACCACUGUACCAAGUAUUGUUGUUUAUGUGACUGUGCCUAACAAAGAAGCAGGAAAGAAGUUAGCUGAAAGCUUGGUCAGAGAAAAACUUGCAGCAUGUGUUAACCGAGUACCAGGCAUUGAGUCCGUCUAUCAGUGGAAUGGAGAGGUCCAGACAGAUUCCGAGGAACUUCUUAUAAUCAAGACUAGGCAAUCCCUUUUUGAAGCUCUGACAGAGCAUGUGAAGGCAAACCAUCCAUAUGAUGUUCCGGAAGUUAUUGCGCUACCUAUCAACGCCGGCAGUCUCCAGUACCUAGAAUGGGUCAAAAACAGCACAAGGGACUGACUUAAAGCUCAUUAUUAGGGUUCAAGUACAUAGAACCAUUUGACUGGUUCUUGAAGUGGGCAAGCAGAUGGUUUAUGUGUUUGUCUGUGUGCAAGUGUGUGUAAAUGCGCAUCUCAAAUAAAGCGAGCUGCAUGCCAGCUUCUUAGCUUUAUGUAUCAGCUUCUUAGUGUUACAGUUGUAAUGGGGAAUCUUUAAUCGCCUUUGGGUUUUCUGUUGGUUACUUUCUAAGAUAAUGUGCGGACUUAUUUUAGUAAAAGCGUACUAGUUGAAUAUAUGCCCCUGUAUGGCAGUCUGCUUCCUCACAGAUUUGUGCCA